AUGGCUUUUACAGGAAGAGUAUCAAUCUUCAUUACAGUGCUAGUAGUUUUGAUCUUCCAUGGCGUGAGAAGCUUGAGCUAUGAUGAUGAUGGACUACCUCUGGUUCUGGGUUACUACAAACAAACAUGCCCCUUGCUGGAAAAGAUUGUGCUACGCCAAGUCCAAGUUGCGGUGUUCAGAGAUCCUCGGAUGGCUGCCUCACUCCUUCGCUUGCAUUUUCACGAUUGUUUUGUCACGGGAUGUGAUGCAUCAGUUUUACUGGACAGCUAUGGGGGCAUAGUAAGUGAAAAACAAGCUGGGCCUAAUAUUGACUCUCUAAGAGGAUUUGAGGUGAUUGAUGAGAUCAAGUACAUUUUGGAGGAGGCAUGUCCAUACACUGUUUCAUGUGCUGAUAUUUUAGCCCUUGCUGCUCGUGACGCUGUUGCUUCGAGAGGUGGUCCCAGAUGGAAUGUAUAUUUGGGCAGGAGAGACUCUUUAAAAGCAAGCUUCAAUGGUUCCAACCAAUACAUACCUGCUCCAAAUUCCUCUUUAGAGACUCUCAUUGCCAAUUUUCGACAACAGGGUCUUGACAUCAAAGACUUGGUUGCUUUAUCAGGUAGUCACACAAUGGGAGAGGCAAGAUGCUUAAGCUUCAGGCAAAGAGUCUAUGACCAGAACACUGAAGAACACUUGUACCAUCGCAAGAGAAACACAGAAUUCAGAAGAAUCCUACGGUCCAUAUGUCCGAAAUCAGGGAGAGACAGUGAACUGGCACCGCUUGAUCUAAUGACUCCGGCGAGGUUCGACAACCACUACUUCCACAAUAUUAUUCGAGGAGAAGGAUUGUUAAUAUCCGAUAAUGUGUUGGUCAAUGAAGAUUUUGAAGGGGAGAUAAAAAAAUAUGUGUGGACUUAUGCCUUUAAUCAAGAACUUUUCUUUGCUGCAUUUGUGGAUUCAAUGGUCAAGAUGGGGAACAUCAAUGUACUCACUGGAGAAGAGGGAGAGAUCAGGAGAGAUUGCAGGUUUGUAAACACCUAGGCAGUGAACUAGAAGAACUAUUUAUAUGCAUUUCAAAAUGUUGUACUUGGACUAGCAAAUUAACCUUUUUUACAAGUUACAAGCUAGUAUGUAAAUAAACUUUUUUAGACUUACUAACUUUACUUUGUCAAACCGGACGGGGACGGGGAUGGCGCCAAGGGCGGAUCCAGUCUUUUUGAAUGAGGUAGGCUAAUUUUGGAUUGGCUAACUUUGGAUUGGAUUACCAUUACUAUUUUUUAUUUAUUUAUUUAUUUUUAUUUUUAUUUUUAUUUUUUUUGGACUGGGCUUAAAGUAGUAUGGUAAAAAAAAAUUUUUUUUUUUUUGGGGUGAGCUGAAGCCCUGCUUCGCCCACCCUUGGAUCCGCCCUUGAUAGCGCCGUUGUCAUUCUGAAUGCCUAGGAACCUAA